AUGGCAUGUUGGAGAGGCGUUUGCAAACGCUGUGCUUCAACCCAUGGGAAUAAGCUGGAGGACCACUACGUCCUGGGAAAAUCAGUGGGAACUGGUGCCUUUUGCACAGUCUACCUGGCCAGCUGCAAGAAAACGCAGAAUCCCACGGCCGCACCUCGGAGACGACCGGUGGACCAUGGUGGACCGGUAAAGGUCUUCGAACGUGGCGAGGGCCCAGACCAUAAUGGGCCCGAGGUGGCCUUCCACAAUGAGAAGCGGAUGCUGCAGUUGGUAAGUCAUCCAAACGUCAUCAGUUUGGUGGAUGCCUUCGAAGAUGCGCGUGCCUUUCAGCUGGUGGUGGAAUUCUGCGGCGGCGGGGAACUCUUCGACAAGGUGUUGGACGAUGGAGCGAUCACCGAAAGGCAGGCUGCGAUGCUGAUGAAGCAAAUUUGUUCACCCUUGGCCUUUAUGCACAAGGUACAUGUCUGCCACCGCGACCUCAAACCAGAGCAUUUCUUAUUGGCGCGCAGUGGGCCCUUGGACGCGGUGCCGCUGAAGUUGAUCGACUUCGGCUUGGCCACGAGCUUCACCCCCGGCGCCAAACUCACCGAUUGCCCGGGCACAGUGAUGUACGUGGCGCCGGAAAUCCUGACCCAGAGCUAUGAGCCUCCGGCCUGCGAUCUCUGGAGUUUCGGUGUGGUGGUGUUCUUGAUGCUGAGCGGGGUGAGCCCCUUUGAUGCUGAGACCGCGAAGCAGGUGGCCAAAAAUGUCCGGAAGGUGAACUACUCUUUCAGCGCGCGUAGCUGGGAGGAGGUCAGCCAGGACGGCCGUGCCUUCAUCGCGGCGCUGCUGCAGAAGGACCUGGCGCAGCGGCUGACGGCGGCGGAGGCCUUGGACCAUCCGUGGCUCAAGGAUUUGGCGCCCAACUCCUCGGAGCCUUGGGCGGACCUGGAAGGCUUGGGAUGA